AUGUGUGAAUGCAAGUGAAACAGCAGUUUAUGAGACAUGCGCUGUGAAUACUGUGUGAAUGAAAACAUUAGUCUUUGCAAACAAAUCACAACUCAAUUGAAUUUAAUUCACAUUUUGUGGUCAAUUAAACGCCAAUUGAAUGGAAAUUCAGUUCAUUUUAUGAGUAAUUGUUUGCAUUUUAGACACAAUUGAAUGGAAUUCAAGAACAUUGUGUUCAACGCCGCCAGAGAUGGCAAACUCAGACGUCUUAAGCUGUUUCUGGACCACAGGCCCAAAGAGGAGGUGAAACUGAUAGUCUCUCUGCGGACUAACGGCGCGACCCCUCUGCUGAUUGCGGCCAGAAAUGGAUACUUAAAUGUUUUGGAGUAUUUGAUUGACAAAUGCAAUGCAGAUAUUGAACAGGUGGGAUCCGUGAACUUCGACGGCGAGUCUAUAGAGGCGGCGCCUCCCAUAUGGUGCGCGUCAGCCGCGGGUCACUUGUCGUGCGUGAAGUCCCUGAUAGGACAUGGAGCCAAUGUGAACAGCAAAACCAAAACCAAUUCCACGCCAUUAAGGGCCGCCUGUUUUGAUGGACACAUCGAGAUCGUCAAGUAUUUGGUUGAGUUCGGCGCUGACAUAGAGAUUGCUAACAGACACGGCCACACCUGGUCUGUACACGGCGCACUGUUUAUUAUGAUAAUGAAUAUAAUUAAUGAAUUUCUAAUGAUAUGCGCGUAUAAGAAGCACUUAAGUAUUGCUGAGUACUUGAUCUCAAUCGGGGCUCAAGUGAACCGAAAGAGUUUCAAAGGGAACACUGCUCUUCACGAUUGUGCCGAAUCCGGGAGUUUAGAGAUAAUGAAGUUAUUGCUAAUGAAUGGCGCGGUUAUGGACACGGAUUCAUACGGAAUGUCGCCAUUGAAAGCGGCGGCACUGUCGGGUCACUCGCAGAUCGUCGAUCUGAUUACAUCUCAACAACUCUGCACUCCAUUGGAAGCGAUCGAAGCAUUAGAGCUCUUGGGCUCGACUUUUGUGGACAAAAAGCACGACAUAUUGACAGCUGUCACCCUUUGGCGCAAAGCUCUUAAGUUACGCAACUGUUGUGAUAAUUAUCCCAUUUUCAAGUCAAAGGUUGAGCCAAAUAUUGCUUACAAUUACGCCAUUGAGUUCUCAGAUGUCGACCAAUUAGAGGAACUGGUGAUCGAUCCCGACCUCAUGAGAAUGCAGUCACUGCUGAUUAGGGAGAGAAUCCUCGGCCCGUCCCAUCCGGACACGUCGUAUUACAUCCGAUAUAGAGGUGCCGUUUAUGCCGACUCUGGGAACUAUGAAAGAUGUUUCCAGUUAUGGAUCUAUGCGUUGGAUAUGCAGCAGAAGAUCUUCGACGCCCUCAACACUAUGACUCAAAGCAGUCUCUUAUCGUUUGUCGAACUCUUCUCUCUGAUGAUGUCUAAGUCUCUAUCAAUGGUUCGCUUCUCAGACUUGUUUGCAGUCCUGAGGCGAGCCAUACAUGAAUUGGAAGCGACGGCCACUCGUGUGAAGGCUCUGAGUGACCACGACUUGACAAACUAUAACCGAACCAUUAAUAUAGUGCUCAGCUUUUUAGGCCUUCUUUGCCGACUCAAGCCUUUCCUCUCUGCGAGUGAGGACAAGGAACUCAAGACAGAGAUCUAUCGAUUGGUUAAACUCAACCCUCGGGGCAAAAAUGGCUGGACUUUGCUUCAUAUGGUGUGUAAUGUCGGCGACAAUUCGUUCGCUUUGUUUCCGUUCUAUGAGAUGCCGGUGACGGACGUCUGCCAACUGCUCAUAGAAGUGGGCCAUUCAUUGGAUGUGGUGGACAACGAGGGCAAUACACCCCUUCAUAUCAGUGCAUCGGCCAAACACACCACUCCUCCAUUGUUUGUCACACUUCUCGACAACGGCGCUCAUCUAGACUUCACGAAUACCAAUGGAAAGGCAGCUCUUGACUUGGCUCCCAAUCCGUCUCUCAAUUUAUAUCAAGUCUUUCCCCUGAAGUAUACAUCACUUCAAUGUCUUUGCGCGCAAACAAUCAAUCGGUUUCGCAUUCCCUUCAAAGGCAGAGUUGGAUCCAAAACAUUGGAACAAUUCAUACAAAAUCACUAAAUGUUUACAUAUUUUUAUUCAACAUAUUCGACA